AGAGAUCGAGCGCUCUCCGCCAACCAAACGCCAAAUGGGGCCAAGCAUGACGCCCACUGCCACGGUGCCCCUCUCGCCUCUCCUCCUCCGCCUCUCCGCCGCGGCCGCAGAAGCUCCACGCCUCAAGAACCCGGCGGCGACAGCAGCAGCAGCCGCAGGAGCAGUCGUGCGGUGGCCGGGGGGCGCGGCCAGGAGCAGGAGGAGGAGGUGCCGGGCGGCGGUGGUGGAGGAGGCCGGCGCGCGAGAGGACGGGGUGCUGCUGCCCAAGGAGGGGGACGAGGCCGCGGCCGCGGCCGCGGCGGCGGGGCGGUACGACUGGAAGGAGGAGUGGUACCCCCUGUACCUGGCCAAGGAGGUGCCCGACGACGCGGCGCUCCCGCUCACCGUGUUCGACCGCCAGCUCGUGCUCUGGCGCGACGGCGACGGCGUGCUCCGCUGCCACCAGGACCGGUGCCCGCACAGGCUAGCGAAGCUGUCGGAAGGCCAGAUCGUCGACGGCAGGCUGGAGUGCCUCUACCAUGGCUGGCAGUUCGAUGGCGAGGGCAAGUGCGUCAAGAUACCACAGCUGCCGGAGGGCGGCAAGAUCCCCCGGAGCGCGUGCGCGCGCAAGUACGAGGUGCGCGACUCGCAGGGCGUGGUGUGGGUGUGGAUGUCGGACGCGAACCCGCCCGACGAGCGGAAGCUCCCCUGGUUCGAGCCGUACGCGCGGGCGGGGUUCACGGACCUGUCGACGGUGCACGAGCUCCCCUACGACCACUCCAUCCUGCUGGAGAACCUCAUGGACCCGGCGCACGUGCCCAUCUCCCACGACCGCACCGACUGGACGGCCAAGCGCGAGGACGCGCAGCCGCUCUUCUUCGACGUCACCGAGCGCACCGCGCGCGGCUUCGCCGGCUACUGGGGCCGCACGCGCACGCCGCACCUCCGCAACCUGCUCCGCUUCCAGGCGCCCUGCGUGCUCACCAACACGCUCCAGUACACGGACAAGGACGGCAAGGACCAGUGCUUCUCCGCCCAGUUCCUCUGCCGCCCCGCCGGCCAGGGCAAGUCCAUGCUCAUCGUCCGCUUCGGCUCCACCGUCAGGUCGCCCAUCGCCAAGGUGCUCCCGGCCUGGUACCUGCACCAGAACGCGUGCAAGGUGUUCGAGCAGGACAUGGGGUUCCUGUCAUCGCAGAACGAGGUGCUGCUCCGGGAGCAGGUGCCCACCAGGGAGCUCUACCUCAACCUCCGCUCUUCCGACACCUGGGUCGCCGAGUACAGGAAGUGGAUGGACAGGGCGGGCCACGGCAUGCCCUACUACUUCGGCCACAGCAGCCUCGCGCCGCCGCCCGUGCCGGCCGUCGUCGAGCAGGCGCCGGCGGGGGCCGUCGCGGGGAUCUCGGCCUCCUUCCCGGCCAAGGGCGGCGUCGGCACGGUGCACGCGCCCAACCCCACCAACAGGUACUUCCGCCACGUCGUGCACUGCAAGGGGUGCAGGGCCUCCGUCAACAAGUACACCUCGUUGAAGAACGCCUUCGCCGUCCUCGCGGCGGCGGCCGUGGCCGCCUCCAUCCUGGCGGCGACCAGGCAAUGGAAGGCUGUCUUGCUCGCGGCGUCGGCCGUGCUGGCCGCGGCGUCGUACGCGUGCGACGCGGUGCUUUCUUUGAUCACAACCAACUUCAUUAGGACACAUAGGCGACUGUAGGCUUCUAGCAGGUACUGUGCUGUAUUUAGGUAGAAGGGAGGCUUCUGCCCUUUGCAUAUUUGUACCUAUCUAUAAAUGAGGCGAUGCUUUGGCAUUCUAAGUUGCAUGUCAGCAGCAGAUGAUAUGGGGAUUAAAUCUUCAAUCUUCUGUGAAAUUGUGGAUAGUAAUGCAGGAUCCAGGACGUUGAGUU